AUGGAACUUGAAGAAACAUCUGCUAAUGGUCAAGUUCUUAUCCUCCCAAAAACGUACAAUAAUGGAACUUGUUCAUGUGCUACUUCAAAUCUUAUGAAUGCAACUACUCUUGGAAAUCCAGGUUCAAUCGGUAUGCCAUACAUAGCUGAUAUUUCUCCAUUGCAGUUUUCCUCAUCUGUUUCAAAUUUUGCCAUUAAUGAUACAAUUGAAACUAUCGCCAAUCAAGUAUUAAUUGACUUUUGGUCAAAUGAAACGUCCUAUAAGCAAUAUUACACUGCGUGUGCACCAAUAUCCUGCAGUUACCGUAAGCAACAACAUUUGAAUCUUGUUUACGCACUGACAAUGUUCUUAAAUAUAUUUAGUGGACUUGCAGUAGUACUUAAAUAUAUAGUUCCAUUUUUAGUUAGAAUGGCAUAUAAGUUACUUCGUCAUUUCAAAUCAUCACGAGUAUCAUCGAGUUAUUAA